GUGACUUUAUGUUUGUGUUCGGGUUGAGAUGUAGCAGCUAGUCACAUGGCACUUUUCUUAAAGUUUUGUGCCACGGCUGAUAAAAAUGAGUGGUGGUUCAAAUCAGAGAACUUUGUUCCAGACUUGGGGGGCUUCUGUGUCCCAGAACAAAGCGGUCCAAUCGGCGAAGGAUGCCCGAAAGGCUACCGGGGCGAUCCGGACAUCCUCCAGCAGAGCUCAGGUAGCUCCAACAAACCCUCCCCCUCAUCAGCAAAAAUCUCCAUGGACAGUAAUUGGUCAGAAUAGCACACAUACAGCAGCGAGACAAGAAUACGUCAUCCCUGAAGAUGAAGAGGACGAUGACUUAAUGGUGGUGGCUGUCUAUGAAGCUGAAAGGAGCCUCCAGCUUGAGAACAGUGACAGUUUGCAAAAUAACCACGCAAAAGGACUAAGUGUUGCUCCCUUUAGUAGCCCAUCCUGUAAGAAGAUAUAUCCACAUCUCCCAGGUUUUGACAGCACCUCAGCUGACGUGUGGAUCUACCCCACCAACUAUCCUAUUAGAGACUAUCAGCUGAAGAUAUCAGAGGCUUCCCUGUGCCAGAACACACUGGUGUGUCUCCCUACUGGUUUAGGAAAAACCUUCAUAGCCUCUGUGGUUAUGUACAACUUCUACCGCUGGUAUCCAGCAGGAAAGAUUGUGUUCAUGGCUCCCACCAAACCUCUGGUGGCCCAGCAGAUCGAGGCCUGUUAUAAAGUGAUGGGAAUCCCUCAGGACCACAUGGCUGAGCUGACAGGCAGCACGGCAGCAAAGCAGAGGCAGGAGGUGUGGAAGUCCAGACGCGUCUUCUUCCUCACCCCUCAGGUGAUGGUGAACGAUCUUUCUAGAGAAACCUGUCCUGCAAAGGAGAUCAAGUGUGUGGUGAUCGAUGAAGCUCACAAGGCAUUGGGUAACCAUGCCUACUGUCAGGUGAUCAGACAGCUGAGCAGUCAGACGUUGCAGUUUCGCAUCUUGGCCCUCAGUGCCACUCCAGGAGGAGACACAAAGUCGGUUCAGUCCGUGAUUUCCAAUUUGCUGAUUUCACACAUCGAGCUGCGGUCAGAGGAAAGCCCAGACAUCCAGGCUCAUUCCCACCGGCGGAGUGUGGAGAAAGUGGUGGUUCCUCUGGGGGAGAAACUUUCAUGCCACCAGGCUCGAUACCUCCAGGUUCUGGAAAAGUUCAUGUCCCGUUUGGUUCAGAACCGAGCGAUGGGCCACAAGGACCUGCGGACGCUCAGCAAGUACCAGCUCAUUCUAGCCAGGGAUCAGUUCCGCAAGAACCCGCCGCCGCACAUCAAGGGUUCUCACCAGGGAGUGCUGGAGGGCGACUUUGCCCUUUGCAUCAGCCUGUACCACGGCUACGAGCUGCUGACCCAGAUGGGCCUCCGGUCGCUUUUCUUCUACAUCCAGGGAAUCAUGGACGGAUCCAGAGAAAUGUCCAGAGCUAAGAAUGAAUUACAGAAGACUCCGACGUUCAUGGAUCUGUACCAGGAGAUGGAGACGAUGUUCCUGACGCCACCAGACGGUCCGUUCAUUUACAGCCAUCCCAAACUGGAAAAACUGGAGGAGGUGGUGUUGCAGCACUUUAACGCGUGGGCUCAGAGCUCAGCAGGGACAAAUGACGGAGUAAGCACACGAGUGAUGAUCUUCUCCUCUUUUCGGGAAAGCGUCCAGGAGAUCGCUAGCAUGCUAAACCGACAUGCGCCACUGAUAAGGGUCAUGACCUUUAUGGGCCAAGCCUCUGCUGGGAAGGGCGUCAAAGGCUUCACCCAAAAGGAGCAACUGGAGGUGGUCCACAGCUUCCGGCAGGGGGGCUUUAACACUCUGGUUUCUACCUGUGUGGGGGAAGAAGGGCUGGACAUCGGUGAGGUGGACCUCAUCGUGUGCUUCGACGCUCAGAAGAAUCCCAUCCGCCUGGUGCAGCGAAUGGGGCGUACCGGCCGUAAACGACAAGGACGAAUCGUCGUCAUCCUGACAGAGGGGCGGGAGGAGCGGACCUACAAUCAGAGCCAAAGCAACAAGCGCAGCGUGUACAAGUCCAUCACCGGCAACAGAAACGGGUUCCACAUGUAUCCCAGCAGCCCCCGCAUGCUGCCUGAGGGCGUGAACCCCCAGCUGCAUAAAAUGCACAUCACCUCAGGCCAGUUUGACCACAAAGAGAGCAGCAGGAGGUCCGUCAGAGGCCGAAGGUCCCACGCUGAGGGACGGGCUUCACUCAUCCACCCUCAAAACCUGAUUCGACAGGAGAGCCCCACUUCAGACGGCUUUCUGAGCAGAGCAGAAUAUUCUCUGUGGUCGUCCACCAUGAGGCUGGAAGAACACGAGGCUCAUCCCACUCUGAAGCCGUCCCACUUCAUGUCCAUUCCCAGUGACUCAACUCCUCAGGAGGAGACUUCCAGGGACAAACCAUCAUGCAGAGAGCUGUCUUUGUGGGAAUGGAGACACUGGCAGCACAAACCGCUCCCUUUCCAUGCCGUUGAUCAUUCCCUCCGCUGCCGCCACUUCACUGCGGUGAUGCAGCUCAUCGACGGCAUGAGAGACGAGACUGAGGGGGAGACUCUUUACGAACAGCAGCUUCUACCUUACCUCCGGAGAGAUGAUGCUGAUGAAAAGAGGCAGAAGAAACCAAAAGCCCCAAAGAACUGCACUAAAAACAAUAAGAGCAAACCGUCUCACUCAUCCCGGUCCGAACUGGAAUAUAUCGACGAGGAAGCAGAGAUGGAGGAUGCAGCUUCACGAUCGAUCCCAGAGAAACGGAGGCUCCCAGAUGAACAAGCUGAUUCUCCAUCACACAACUCUGAUGACGACUGCGUCAUCGUUAACCAAACCCUCAGAGAUCCUGCAAAUCCAGACGAUGUUCCAGAAGUUAAUACAAAACAUAAUGAAGACGAUGAUCUUCAGGAGAUGUUCUACCUUCCUAAAGCGUGUCCCGCGCCGCUGUCGCCAAUAAAACACAAGAACCUGAACGACAUUCUUGUUAACGUAGCUGAGCUUCUCUCUCGAUCUCCACCUUCGCCGGAGAACAUUUUAGAAGCAGGAAGGAUUUUGACGCGUCUUCCACCUUCACCACAGCUGGGCGUUCAGCCUUUCCCCGUCAGGUUCAGCUUGGAAGUGGACGAUGAGGACGAUGUAGAGGGUGGCAGUAAGGAUAAGCCUGAUAGUCCCACCUGGGAUGAGGUUUUCGAGGAUGAAAAUAUCAGGUACGACACGAAGGAGACAGACUUAAGAAGUGUUGACAAUGCAGAGGAGUGUGUUUCCAUGGAUGCUGAUUGUGCAGUUGAAGAAGACGGAGUUGAUGCCCAGAUGGAUGAGAGCAUGGACUUGUUUGAAGACGAUGAGGCGUUCAUGCAAAUGACAAUUCCAGAUAUUCCUACUCCUGAGGAUAGCAUUACAGCCAAGGCAACCAUCAAUGACGAAGGCACUGAGAAGAUUUCCAAAGAUGAAGCCAAAGAUUGCACAGAAAUCUUAAACGCUGCAAACAAAACCCCUUCCUCAGACACAAGGCUAAACAUUCACAACUCAACAGAAGAUCACGACAAUAAAGCUUCGUUUUUAGUGAAAGCAAAUCCUGAGCCACUAGAUUCCUCUCACGAUCUGUUCUCUGUUAACUUUGACCUCGGUUAUUCGCUGGAGGACUCUGAGGAUGAAGCAGAAGUGGAAGUUACAUCUCCGUCGCCUAAAAAACAAGCUGAGUCAGCUGUUUCUAAUUCCUCUACUCCUCGUCGCAGCUUCGCCGGACUCUUCAGAGAGUCCAAGUCGUCUUCACAAACUAAAGCGGAUAAUUGGAAGCCUAAAACUGAGGAACUCCCCUCUCCAGUUACGUUACUGGGACCCAGACAGAUGCUCCUGUCUCGGAUUGCAGAACCGGACUCUUCCAGAGCGAAGCAAAAACCAGCUGAAGGUGAUUCACUGCAAGAACCGAUCCGUGUGGGAGAGUCUUCUCCUCAUCCAGCAGAGUGUUGCAGCGACAGUGAAGAGGAAGUCGUGCUUCUCAGAAGAAGACAUCACAAGGUCAACCCCUUGUCCUCCCCAGAAGUGUCUAAGACCCUGAGUGACGUGGACUCACCGGUGGUGGUGAAGAAGAAACGUGCUUCUGUGCUGAACACGACUGACGAAACUCAAGCCGGAGAUUUUUCGGAUGAUGAUUUCCAGAACUGCUCCAUCUUCAUGCAGAGAAAAACAACAACUGGAGACAAGAGGCAACAAAUCCAGCAGCCCAGCAACAAGAACCCCAGAGGUCAGAAAGCGCGUCAGUUUCUGGAUGAAGAGGCGGAGCUGUCAGAAGAUGAAGAGGGAGCGGAUGUUUCGUCUGACGAAGAGGACGGCGCAGAUCUGAAUCGGUCCCUGGAAGGCUUCGUUGUGGACAACAUGCACCUUUCCCAGGGACUGAACGACUCGGAGAUGCGUGGAGUUUACCUGAAGUCUGUGAGAAGCCCUGCAGUCCGGGGAAAAUUCAAAAUGUCCUAUAAAAACCAUCAAAACAUGGAUAUUUUUUCUCAGGUGCCUGAGAUGGAUGAGACGUACGCAGAGGACAGCUUUGUGGUUGGCAGUGAUGAAGAAGAGGAGGAGAGUAAUGAGGAAGAGCCUGAAGACGUCGAACUUCUGCCCGACGUGUCGCUCAUUGACGGGAGACGGCAGUACGCAACCAGACGGCGCGUUUUCCUGCACAAAGCCAGAGCAGAACUCGAAACCAACGCCAGAACUCAGCCCGCUGCAGAGCAAAGAACCAGAACCAAACGCUCGCGGGUCAUCUGCCUGAACGAGUCCAGCGAAGAGGAGACUGAGGAAGUGGGCAAAAAUCAGAAUCCAGGUCCCAGCGGGCAGAAAACAGCGUCCUCUGCUUAUGCUAGCGUAGCAUCUAAAGUCUCAUUAUCGAGUAAAGAACGGAGUGAAGAGCAGCAACAUGAGAGGUGUCGUCAGAGGUUAGAGAAUCAACAUCUGCUCUCGGAUGAGCUCGACUUCGCAGAGCAAGAGCCGACUUUAAUAACAGGACGUCCUUCCGCGUCCUCAGCGGCUCAGGGAUCCGCCCCUCAGGAUCCGGUACCUGCGGUGACCGAGCCGCCGCCGCCGCCUCUCUCCGGGUCGGUCAGCAUCCUGGUGGACAGCCGCUGCACCGGCGGCAUGGUGGAGCUGGUGAUGAGUCUGCGUCAGCGCCACGGGGCUGACGUCCACGUCUGCUCGCUGGACAGCAACUACUUCAUCGUGAGCAACCGCAUGGCGGUGAUGAGGCAGAGCCAAUCGGAUUUGGCUGCGAUGCAGAACCGGAAGCGACUGGCGGAGAGAUUGCGCAACAUGCAGGGGUUGUUUGAACGAGUGUGUCUGGUAGUGGAGAAGGAUCGGUCCAAGCAGGGUGAAGUUUCCCGCCCUUUCCAGCGAACCCGUUACUAUGACAACACUCUAGUGGCCCUGGUCCGGGCCGGGGUUCGCCUGCUGUGGAGCGACGGCGCCGAGGAGAGCGCCGGGUUGUUGGCGGACCUGGCCAAGCUGGAGUGCCGUAAAGGUCAGGGCAUCGCGGUGCCCCUGAAGGUCAAAGGUCAGCGCAGGGAGGAGGCGUUGCAGAUGUACCUGAGUCUGCCUUCGGUCAGCCAUGUUCACGCUCUCAACCUGCUGCACAACUUUAGCAGCGUCGCACAGCUGAUGAACAGCUCCGUCGAGUCGAUCCAGAAAGGCGGCUGCAUGAGCCGAUCCAGAGCCGAGGAGAUCUACCGCUUCCUGCGUCGCUCCUGUGACUCCGCCCUCUUCACCAAAACACCCAAAGCUGGAAAAAUCUGCUAGAGCCCCGAAGGAGACGCGUAACCUGACGUCAAUCUAUUCAGCCGCUUUCGCAAAAAUAGAGGUUCAGAAGUGCAACAAUUUAAUAAAUAUUCAGAAAAUAAAAACCUGCAUAGGAUAUUUAAAAUAAAAAACGGAAAUACAUCCAUUAAAAUUUAAAUGCAUCAUGAAUUUAAGUUUCGUUUACAUUUAAUAGCUGAUUAUUGUUGAAUUAUUGCACUUUUGUUCCCCGAUUUGCUGAUUCCAGUUACUGUGUAACUUUGUUGAAAUUCCUCAGUGAGAGAAACGCCUCAUCUUUUGCACAAGUAAACCAGGGGUGUCCAAACUUUUAGUCCCAGGAUCCAAAGCUGUUUAAUUUUAUCUACUGGCAGGACUCAACAUUCAUUAAAGAUCCAGAACUUAAAAUAGGACUUCGGAUUGUUGCCUCAUUAAAAGAAAAACACAUUUUUAAAAAUUGUUUUCCAUCAUUCUUGUGUUGUGGUUAGGGCCGAACAAAAUAAUUUUAAGGGCCACAAAUGGCCCCCGGACCUUACUUUGGACACCCCAGAGUUAAAAAGGAACAAACCUCCACAUUAAUGUAGAUGUUUGUUUUUAUUCUCAUCUGCUAAGAUCCCAAUCAAGAAAUCUAAAGCACACUUUUGUCAAAUAAUGUGCAUAAAAGUACCAUAAAUAAAGUUUAUUUUUUCUGAUUUGCAUUUUUAUACUUGUAAUAUUGCUUUUCACCGCUAGAGGUCAGCAUCUACUGACGUCAAGCUGCUUUAAUUCUCCACAAUUAACACUUGUGCAAACCGUCUUAGAAAACAAAUCUUUAUUAUGUUUUUUUUUUAAGAUCUACAUUUGAAUGGCUACUUUGGUGCAAAGUAUCGUACAGAGUCAAGCACAGGAUACAAAGCAGCAUUCGACAGCUAAAGCAGUCCUUCCAACUUAGAAAAAAAGGCAAAAAAAAAUUACAAAACAGAUUUACAAGUCAUUCUAAAGCCUCAA